AGGGGAGAGCCGCAGCCCGGGCAGCCGGCCCAGGCUCCUCCUGCUCCGCAGCCCCAAGCCUCCGCCCUCUCCCCACCCGACCCACGUACAAAGGCGCCCAGCCGCACAGCUCCCCUCACCUCCCGCGUCCCAGCUCGCCCAGCCUGCGCCGCGCCCCCCGGGGGGAUAAGAUUUCAACAGACCUUGCCAAAAUGCCGUCUCAAAUGGAACACGCCAUGGAAACCAUCAUGUUUACAUUUCACAAAUAUGCAGGGGAUAAAGGCUACUUAGUGAAGGAAGACCUGAGGGUGCUCAUGGAUAAGGAGUUCCCUGGAUUCUUGGAAAACCAAAAAGAUCCUCUGGCUGUGGACAAAAUAAUGAAGGACCUGGAUCAGUGCCGAGAUGGCAAAGUGGGCUUCCAGAGCUUCUUUUCACUAAUUGCAGGCCUCACCAUUGCAUGCAAUGACUACUUCGUAGUACACAUGAAGCAGAAGGGAAAGAAGUAGAUAGAAUCCAGCACUUAUUUCUGCCCACUGCAUAAGAGUUCUCCUGAAGGGUCAUGUAAAGGAUCCACCCACAAAAGAUUUUAUGACAGAUGAGGGCCCUUUAGGAAAAAUUACAAAUAGCAUCCAACUCCCAUUUGACAAGCAGAGAAAGGAACGUUAAUUAAAUGCCAAAUAAGCUUUUCAUUUUUAUAUUGUUUGCAUCCUCUUGCCCCUAACAAUAAAGUCUUUUUUUUUUAUUCCAAA